UCAUCCUGGUGGUUUUUACACACUUUGGAAAUUUGGUAGUCCUGCCUUCAGACGGCACAUACUGUAUAUGUACAGGCGCCUGCAUUCAUUUGUCAUUCGAAGACGUUGAGCUGCAACAAUGCUACGCAAGGGUAUUACGGAGAGCUUUGGAGCCGCUAUCCAUUCGGUGAGCGCUGCCCAGCUGACAGAUGGCGUGAUUAACAGAAGCAAAAGGAUGAUUCUGGACACCCUGGGUGUUGGGUUAUUAGGCACCAGGUCAGCCGUCUUCAACAAGGCUCUUGCACACAGCCAGCAGUUCAUGUCUGAGGAGAGGAGCAGCGUGUGGGGUAAAUCCGACAUAACGCUGCCUCCCUACUAUGCUGCAUUUGUCAACGGCAUCGCGGUUCACUCCAUGGACUUCGACGACACGUGGCACCCUGCCACCCAUCCCUCGGGCGCCGUGCUACCUGCGCUGCUGGCCCUGGCAGAGACGCCGCCCGGCCGGACCUCCGGUCUGGACCUGCUGUUGGCCUUCAACGUCGGCAUCGAGGUGCAGGGUCGACUCAUGAGGUUCUCCAGAGAGGCGCACAACAUCCCUGAAAGAUUCCACCCUCCCAGUGUGGUUGGGGUGAUGGGGAGUGCCGCAGCCUCGGCUAAGCUCCUGGGUCUGUCCCCGGAACAGUGCUGUCAUGCUCUGGCUAUCGCAGCCUCCUCCGCCGGGGCUCCCUUGGCCAACGCCGCCACGCAGACCAAACCUCUCCACAUUGGCAACGCGGCGCGGCAAGGCCUGGAGGCGGCUCAGCUGGCCCAGAUCGGACUGGAGGGAAAUCCGGCCAUCCUGGACAUGGACCGCGGCUUCGGGGUUUACUACAAGGACUACAGUCCAACGGCGAUGCUGCCAGAUUCAGCCUCUGGUGGCUUCAAAUGGAUUUUGGAGGAGCAGGACGUGGCAGUCAAGCGGCUCCCGGCACAUUUGGGGAUGCACUGGGUCGUGGACGCAGCCCUGGCAGCCCGCGGGAAGCUUGAAAAGAUGGUCGGGAGCGUCGCCCUCAGCCAGAUCCAGCACAUCACGCUGCGAGUGCCGCCAUCCAAGUACAUCGACUGCCCCUUGCCAGCCACAGAGCACCAGGCCAGGCACUCGUUUCAGUUCAGCGCCUGCUCUGCCCUGCUGGAUAACAAAGUGACAGUGGCUUCCUACGGCGAAGAUCAAAUCAACCGACCUGCUCUGAGGGAGCUGCUGUCCAAAGUGACGGUGGAGACGCCGGAGGACAACCGGCCCAGCUUCGACGAGAUGUACUGCGAGGUGGAGAUAGAGACAGACCAGGGGCAGAUUCACACAGCCAGGUGCGAUACCUUUUACGGCCACUGGAGGAAGCCGCUGAGUGACAAGGACCUGGUGGACAAGUUCAGCGUCAAUGCGUCUUCGGUGCUGUGCACGAAGGGGGUGGAGGGAGUGAUCGAGGUGAUCGGCGACAUCGAGGCGUUGAGCGAAUGUUCGGUCUUGGGGUCGUACCUGAGGAUGGCGAGCAGCCCGCACGAGCAGUUGUACAGCAUGAGAUACUUGUGAUUGAAAUGGUAUUUGAUGAAUGCCAAUGUAAGUAUGUAUGAAUCCUUGUAAUAUAUGAAAUUUUUCCCCGCACGCACGCACGCACGCACGCACGCACGCACGCACGCACGCACGCACGC